AUCUGCAUUAUCGAUGCAGUUGUUGACCGUUUGUUUUUCGAGGUUAUGAUUUACGAGGGCGCGAUUUUAUUCUGAUUGUGAAUACACAUAAUUAAAGCUUUUCUACAAUGGAUAAAUGAUUCAAGCAAAUUUCUGUGACAUAAAUUUACAUGUUUUGUCAUCGAGUCAGCGGUUAGCAGCGAUUUGUGAAAUCUCAGGCAACAGUCAUGGCUCAGUCUUAUAACCCUUACUACAAUGAAUAUCAUCAAAACUUGGAACUACAACAGAAUAUAAAAUAUAAGAAAAAGUAUAGAAAACUGAAAAGAAUCGUCAAAGACACAGUUUUUGAAAAUGCUGCGCUUUGUGAUCAAGUUGCACAAAUGCAGGAGAAUCUUUUGGUUGUGAAGGAAGAGAGACAUUUUUUGCUGCGCAAACUUUACCAACAACAGGGUGAAGUUGAUCCUACAAUACUGACAAAAUCGCAGACGAAUAGUUUUGGAUCACCGUCUCCAAACCACGAAGGAGUGGCCCCGAAGAAAAGUGUAAAAAAGAGAAACUCUACCGAAGCACUGGAAACUAAAAGCAAACCAAAGAGAUACUGCAAGGCAAUGCGAAGGGUGGUGCAGCUCAUACCGCUAGACAUUCACGGUCGCCCUGUUUUUCCAAUUUCGUUAGGCGAUCUGACUGUCUAUUCGCUUGGCGAAGUCGUUUCAGAUCGCAUCGCAUACCAUACAGAAGAUCUUAUCUAUCCUGUUGGUUAUUGUAGCACGAGGAUGUUUGCAAGCUUAAGAGAUGCUCAUACCAAGAGUUUGUACACUUGCAAGAUUUUAGACGGUGGUUCAAAUCCGAGGUUUGAAAUAGUUUCGGACAGCGAUCCUGAUCAACCUUUAGUUGGCCUGUCACCUGACGAAUGCCAUUCCAGACUCUUGGCUGCGAUUUCUCCUACGCUUUGUUCCAUCCCUCCAAGAGGAGCAGAUUUCUUCGGUAUUUCUCAUCCAACCAUUCAGAAUUUAAUACAGAGUUCACCUGGGACACGAAAACUUGCAAACUACAAAUCAAUACGAUUUGAGGUUUACAAGAAUCAGAAUGCCGAUCGAGCAUCGAGUCCUAUUGCAGAAGAAGAGACAGACCCUGGUCUUGGGUUUUCUGCCCUGCACAGGACUUUUGCAAUUCCCAAUGGUUACAGAAUUAAAGAGGAACCACCAGAUACUAACUUACUUACGUUCCAAGAUUUCCUUAUGUGAUUUUUACGUUCAGUAUUAACAGUGUAUGCGAGACUAAUAGUGUAUUCCGUGUUAAUUCUAGUUACUUGAUUUAAUCAAAUUGAACAAAUCUACAAAUGCUAGUGUUACUUGUUGAAACCGUGUAUUCGAAUAAUUUUUCAACUAAAUUGAGAUUCAAUUAAUUGUAAAAAGUGAUAAACGGCAAUGAGAAGAGCCUGCUAGGCAUAUUAGAAGCUUCGUAGUAAUUAAAUGCGACGAAAAUAUGUGUCACAAAAAUUUGUAAUACAUUGUCAUGCGUGUAGGUGUAAAAAAAAACUGUUUCUAACGUUGUAUACAAAACAAUUUAUUUUACAUUAGGUUCAUAACACGUACGAUUGGCCCUGUCUCACAUUGAUAAAGAUAACAUAAAAAGGUAUUUAUCACAAAUUGAUAACCAAAACGAUAAUAAUAGUUUAAUUUUCGUUAUUCAGUUACAGAAUGAAAUCCCUGGAUUUUAUGAAAUUAAUAUUAAAACGUACUUCACUAUACCUGCCAGAAAAAAUUUAUUCUUCGUGCAUGAUAUAAAUAACCAUUGGGCACAUUUAGAUUUGAGGUAGAAAUCAAUCUACAGCCACUUACGCUGAAUUGUUUCGUCAGAUAGUUUGACAAAGGUUGAAGCAUUUAUAUUUAUAGUAGUCACCUAUUUAUAACCAUAUUUAUAUUAAGUGAAGUAAGCAAAUUAAAUUUUCGUAUUCAAUACAGAUAAUAAUUUUUAAAAAUCACGUGCACGUUAUGUAGGUUGAUCUGUUGAAUCUGUGUUUAACAGAUUGUCACUUGACUGCUUUUGUAUGAAUAUAAAGUAGAUUAAUUCUUGUAAGAUCAAAAUUCAUUUCAUAAUUUCCAUACUAUAUAUAGAAUUCUGUCUUAGACGGCGAUACUAUUAUUUAGGUAUAUGCCAACAGAACCUAUUAAAGCCAAUAACAAGAACACAGCUGCCAAAUAUGUUAUAGUCUACAAUAUGGUUUAAAACGUCUCCAUGUCCAACAAUUAUUUAUCAGUCGAAUCAGGAGCGAGAUCUGAUAAUUUUGUAUCACGGAACAAGAGAUCUCAAAUUGACUAAUUAAAUCUGUGGAGUUGCCUAGUUGUGUUCCUAUUCUUAGCGUUCACUAACGUAUCAGCAUGCGAUUGGAAGAACAACACAGUAAAAAAUUACAUUCUCAAAUGUACAUACGUAUUAUGCUAUUUUGCGGAAUAUGUAUUCGUGCAAAAGUUCUUUACUGAAUUUCUGCGGCGUAAGUGCUGAUUUCUUGUCCGGUAUUGAUUACCUGACUCGCAUAGCAUCAUUUGCAUUAAGCCAUUUUUCAGUAUCAGAUAUUAUCAUGUAAAAU